AACGCAACUACCUCAGUCAAGAAGAAGAACAGACCCACGUGUACAUUAAGAAGAAUUAGGAAGAAGAAAAACACAUUGCUCUGACUGUUCACUCAGCGACAUGGCUCAUUAUUUCAGCUUUCUACUCAUGAUCUUUGGAUUUACACGUAUUUACAGCAUUACUACAAUCAACAGAGUAUCAGUGAAAGCAGGACAUUCCCUGACUAUCCCAUGUAAUUAUGAUACUAAAUAUACCAGCAAUGUAAAGUACUUGUGUAAAGGAUACACUUGGACGUCCUGCUCAUAUGAAGUUAAAACAAACCAGGCACAUCACUCAGGAAAGUUUACAAUCUCUGACGACAAAAAGAAGAGGAUCUUCACUGUUACAAUAAAUCAUCUGACGAUUAGUGACACUGAUUAUUACUGGUGCGCUGUGGAGAUCAAUAAUAGAGUAGAUGAUGGGGUGUCCUUUUAUGUGUCGGUCACCACAGACGCCCCCGCUCUCUAUACAGAUCAUCAGGAGAUUACAGGAUUUAUUGGAGACAAUAUGAGAAUAUGGUUUCACAGUAGAAACCCUGGAGAAGUAAAGUGGUGCAGACUGGGCAGUUCUUGUGCAACCGUUACAUCAAACUCAAUUGAUGGAAAACAUUGGGCCAUUAACGAGAAUCCCUAUGAUAAUUUUACUGUGACUAUGAGCGAACUGAGCACAGAGAGCAGCGGCUGGUAUUACUUUGUUAAAGGGGAUUUACAGAUGCCAGUGCACCUAACUGUUACAGAGAGACCCUCCACUACCACUUUACCACCCACUACUCAUCAGUCCACUACUACUCAUCACACCACUGUUAGAGAAAACCAGACCUUUACCACAUUUAAACAUGAAGGGAAGAGCAGUGAUAAAGUUGACCUGAAGAAGCUCAUCAUCCCUCUGGCUUUGUUGAUCUUCAUAGUAAUGAUGACCUUGAUCAUUUGGUUUAUACUGAAGACACACAGGCAACGGAAAGUGAAUUCAUCAGCUACAGUUAAGGCUGAAGGUGAAGUAACAUACUGUGAUGUUAAAUACAGGAGAAGAACUUCAGUGCAGGCCGGAAGUGAUGUAAAAUACUGUAACACUGGUAACAUGAAAGUAACAUCAGAUCAGAUGCCAUGCUCAGAUGUGGAUGUGAUUUAUAGUUCUGUGGUUACUAAAAAGUAGCAGGCUGUAAAACACGGUGGAAACACACAGUCAAGAUGCCACAGUACAAGCACAAAGAGAUACUGUAUGUCACCACCAACUGCAAAAUUUGAAUGUUUUAGGCAUAUCUUUUGUUUUGUGUUGUUUUGUCCUGUUUGUGGCCACAGGCAGGGCAUAACCGCUGGCUGACAAUGUGUCUUCUUGCGACCCUAGACGUCCGUUGAGUAGUUAAAACUGGGUGGUGAUUCCUUUUACCAGGGAAAGAGCCCACCACCCUGGCCCAGCAGACAGAGCCAUUAAAGCAACGGCUCUAUCCACUGACCCCCCAUGGAGCAGCCUCUUAAGUCCUGGAGGAGUGUAUAUGACUAAUGCAAUUAAAACUGUGGAGCUACUUUCCAGUAGCCCCCAGUCCUUCAAUCAGCAGGACGCCCCUCACAGACCUACGUCAGGGGUUAGGAAGCAAAGCACUAGGUUACCUAAAACUUUGACUUGAUGUAAUUAAUUACAUAAAAAAAAUAAUGAAGAAUCAUUUGUAGAUGUAGCUGCGCUCAAUUUAGAUUAUGUUUUAAUUUGAGAUCACACAGUGGCUCUAAACAGUCAAUAUGGGAUAGUUAUUAAUCUCAGUCAUCUCAUGUCACAGCAGCAACACAUUAAAAUAAUCAGUCAAAAGCCGAAACUCAUCAUGUAGUAAGAGAUUCAUAAGUGAGAUAAUAAGAAUAUGUGAAUUUAUUUUUGCAUUUGAAGAACAUAUUUAGAAACAAUUGUAUAAAUUAUUAAUAGAUAUAUAAAUAUCAUGUUUAAUAUAAAUGAGCAUACCUUUACUACACACGUUUUUGCCAUCCAUACUGGACUUGCACUGUCAGAAUAUAUAAUUUUUUAUGUGUUUUCUUUACAUUUAGUUUUUGUCUUUGACAUUGUUCGUAAUGGAAAAACAUUUCAAAGAAUCAUUCACCUUUUAGGAAAUAUUUUGCAGUUUUUGUUUUAAAUAAAUUCUGCAUAAAUUCAUCAUAUACUGUAUAAUGUAGCAUUUAUGUGUUAAUAAAUAGUCUGUACUGUCUAUGUAAUGUCUAUUGGAAGAUAGACAGACAGUGACUGUUCUUAAUGCAAAGUGCCACAUGCUGAAGUAAGUACAACCACAUGUGUGAACUUGACACUUCCUUAUCUCUAGUCAACAUGACACAUCUUAACGUUGUCCAUUACAGGAACAUAUGACACAUAAAUAUAAUGUCAAUUCAUUCAGUUUGUUUUAGAGUUUUUAAACUUUAAUUGUCACAUAAUUUGUCUUUUAUAUUAUGUGUUAAAUGAUGUACUGUAUGAUCUGAACAGGAGUUUCUCAUAGUGCUACACUGCCACCUUGAGUGUGUUCACAAAUCACUACUUUUAUUUUUUUUUUGUUUUAUGUGCAGAACUAUUUCAGUUUAAACUCUCCUUUUUGACACUGAUGAUCCAUUUAGUUGUUGGCUUCAUGCAAUAUUGAUAACAUCAACCAAUGUUACGCAACUGGCUCAGUCAAGAGGAGGAACAGACUCACACGUACAUUAAAAAAAUUAGGAAGUAGGAAGCUCUGACUGUUCACUCAGCGACAUGGCUCGUUAUUUCAUCUUUCUACUUAUCAGCUUCGGAUUUACACGCAAGUCACAGGUUUUUUUUUAACAAUGUGAUCACAUGUUCAUAUUUUAGCUCCUCUGUUUGCUUUAAGAAGAAUUCAUAUGAAUAUCUAAUAAAUAUGGUUCAGUAGUUAUGUACACUAAU